UAUUCAAGUUCCUCUCCUUUGUUUCAGACAUGAAACACGAGUCUGAAAUAACAAAUCUUCUAAAGAAGGAAGUGGACAGGGCUUUGCAGAGUGAGAACGGACACAUGGAUCUAUUUCUGCGCUUUCUUCUGGGCCUCUCACUGGAGUCCAGUCAGAAUCUCCUGCGAGGUAUACUGACACGGACAGUAAACACAUCUCAGAGCUGUCUGGAACUAGCAGAGUACAUCAAGGAGAAGAUCAGAGACGACCAGUUUCCAGAGAAAUCCAUCAACCUGUUUCACUGUCUGAAUGAACUGAACGAUCAUUCUCUAGAGCAGGAAGUCCAAACGUACCUGAAAGGAUCCCGUGCCAAUCGUCUCGCUGAAGUUAGUCUCUCUCCUGCCGAGUGGUCGGCUUUGGUGUUUGUGUUACUGAACUCAGAAGAGGAGAUGAACGAGUUUGAACUAAGUAAAUACCAUCAAUCUGAAGAAACUCUUCUGAGGCUGAUGCCAGUGGUCAAAGUUUGCAGAAAGGCCAACCUGAGUGGCUGUUUUCUCACAUGGAAGAUCUGUUCAGCCCUGGCUGAUGCUCUCAGAGGUUUGAGAGUGCUGAACUUGAGUCAUAAUAACCUGCAGGAUUCAGGACUGAAGCUGCUCUCUGCUGGACUGAAAAACUAUACCUGUAAACUCGAGACAUUAGAGCUGUAUAACUGCAGUAUUGGAGAGGAAGGCUUUGCAGCACUGGCUUCAGCUCUGAGAUCAAACCCUUCACACUUGAGAGAACUGGACCUGAGCUGGAACCAUCCUGGAGUCUCCGGAGUUAAGUUCCUCUCUGAUCUGCUGAAGGAUCCACAGUUUAACCUCAAGAAACUACAGAUGUAUAGAUGCAAUAUUGGAGAGGAAGGAUUUGCUUUCUUGGCUUCAGCUCUGAGAUCAAACCCCUCACACAUUAGAGAACUGAACCUGAGCUCCAAUAAACCAGGAACUUCAGGAGUAAAGCUGAUCUCUGUUCUGCUGGAGGAUCCACAGUGUAAACUGCACAAACUACAGCUGUCUGAUUGCGGUAUCGAAGAGGAAGGUUGUGCCGCUCUGGCUUCAGCUCUGAGGUCGAACCCCUUGCAUCUAAAAGAACUGAAUCUGAGCUCUAAUAAACUAGGAGACUCAGGAUUGAAGCUGCUCAAUGAUCUACUGAAGGAUCCACACUGUACACUGGUAACACUAAAUUUCUUGCCGUAUCUGCCAAGUCACACAUGCAAGACAAAACUAUCAACUCGUUUCUGAUGAGCACGACAGACUGGCCUCUACUGGACAAACACCUGAACUGACCAGCAGCACUCAACAUCAGUGCCAUCUGAUGUUUGUACACAGCUCUGUGUGAUAUUAAUGUUGUGUGUGAUUUGAUACUGUCAUAUUCAAACGAUACGCCACAGUAUGUUGCAAACUACUUUCAGGUAUGAUUACAGACAUAUAUAAAGGUCAAUUCGUUGGGCAUCUGUUUCGGGUGCCUCCUGGACACCUACCUAGGGAAGUGUUACAGGCAGGUCUUGCCGGGAGGAGGCCUCAGGGUAGACCCAGGACACGAUGGAAGGACUAUUUCUCUCUGCUGGCCUUGGAACGCCUCGGGAUCCCCCCGGAGGAGCUGAAGGAAGUGACUGGGGAGAGGGAAGUCUGGGCUUCUCUCCUAAGACUGCUGCCCCCGCCACCUGACCCUGGAAAAGUGGCAGAAAAUGAAUGAAUGAAUGUCAAUGUACAUGGUCCGUCAUGCAAAGACAAUCAGUAUUAGGACAGUAAUCCCACAAAACCAGUGAUUAGGGUCUUUUUUUGAAAACAGAGACUUAUACAUCAAUUGAAAAAAAUUGAUGUAUGGUUUAGUAGGAUAGGGCAAUAUUUAGCCAAGAUACAACUGUAUGACAAUCUGGAAUCUGAUCAAAAAGCAAACAAAAUUUGUCCAAAUGAGGUUGGAAUGCACAUAACACAUCAAAAAAUACAUUUUGACAUUUACAGUAGAAAAUAUCCUUAAAAAUGUAACUGUGCAAUGCAAGAGAAUUAUAUUGUGCUUACAAAAUGACCCUUUGUGUGUAAUGUGCUCCAGGGUCAUACAUUAUAUAUACAGCGGAGAUUGAACUCACUGUAGUUUACAAAUAUUACAGCUUGAUGUUGGACCGAAUUAUGUUUCAGGAGAGUAUACACUUAUUGGCCACUUUAUUAGGUACACCUUACUAGUGCCGAGUUGGACCCUCGUUUGCCUUCAGAACUGC